ACGGCCAGUUCCGAGGUGGACCCUGAAGAUGACUGGGCUGGCAUGGGAGAUCGCAAAGAACGACGACGACGACAGAAUCGUCUUAACCAGCGGGCCUACAUAAUACGAAGGGUCAAAAAGGAACCCACGAGCAGCAGCGACGAACAGAUGAUCACGAUCCUUUCCCCAUCGACCUCCUCUCCCAACUCGACCACGAGUCCCUCUACAUCUCCUUCCACAUCUACAUUAUCAUCCACAUCCACAUCCUUUUCCUUCUCAACACGACCACUGCCCGAAUCGCACACGCGCACCAGCACCAGCACGAGCCCGCACCCCGACCGCAAACCCUGCACCGACCUGACCACCCAAGGAAACCUCCAAGCCCUGCUCACCGACUUCACCCGCGUCGCCUACGCCUCCUACAUCCACGGCUCCCCGACCCUCGACCACCUGCUGACGCUUAGCCGCAUGAACGUCUACCGCGCCUUCGCCACCAACAUGGCCACGCUGGGCAUGGGCAUCGGCGCCGAGUGGAUGCACGACGACGCCCUCUCCCCCUUCACGACCCUCCAGCCGCACAGCGCCCUCGACCCGACCUCGCUGCCGCUGCACCUGCGCCCCACGAAACUCCAGCAGACCGUCCCGCACCACCCGUGGCUGGACUUCUUCCCCCUGCCGCGGCUGCGCGACAACCUCGUCGCCAUGGCCGACCGCUUCGACGACGAGGAGCUUUGCCUGGACAUCAUGGGGUUCUGGGACUCGCCCACGCAGACGUACAGUCUGCUCGUGUGGGGGGAGCCGUCGGACCCCGGGAACUGGGAGAUCACCGAGGGCUUUCUGCGGAAGUGGCCGUGGGUGGUGCGCGGGUGCGCGGAGUUGUUAGCCAGUACGAACCGGUGGCGGGCGCGGAGGGGCGAGAAGUUGCUCUUACGGUAUUUGUGA